UCACCCGAUGCGUCCUCUCCAUUGGUUAAGCGACGCGUCCGUCAGAGCAACCUGCGGAAGUACAACCCCGCACCACACACAUACAAUAGUAAAGAUGGAGGGCGAUAUUUCAGACACGAACCGACCUCAAAUGUUUUUAUUUGGUUGCACCCUCAAAUCGGACAAACGGGAGUAUAAAGUAGACAUCGACGACGAUGAAACGGAACAACAGCUGUCCCUCAAAGCGGCUUGCCUGGGGGCCGAGGCCGAGGACAAGUUCCACAUGGUGGAGGUGGAGGCCCUCACUUACGACGGGAAGGCCACCAAAGUACCGCUGGUUGUGCUGAAACCGUCCGUCCUGCCCUCUAUGGGUUUAGGUGGGUUCGAGAUCACGCCACCGGUCACCUUACGUCUCCUGUCAGGUUCCGGACCCGUGCACAUCAGUGGACAGCAUUUUGUCAGUGUGAAAGAUUCAGACAAUGAAGAGGAAGAACACAACUCUUCACCAGUCAAGCGUCCUGCUGGUCUCAGGUUGGAGAAAAAGGCUUCGCUGAAAAAGCUAAAGAUGAACUCUGACGAAGACAGCGACGAGGAUGACGACGAAGAUGAAGAUGAUGAAGACAGUGAUGAAAAUGAAGUCACGCCACAGAAGAGUGUCAAAAAAGGCCCAGAAACAUUGAAGAGGGCCAACAAGAGCCUGAUAAAGCAAAACGGCCCUGUGGCGAAACCAUCAGGAUCCGGGGUUAAUCGACAGAUUAAGACACCUGUUCCGGGAAAAGACAAAGCACAGGCCAGCCCGUCUAAAUCUCCAUCUGUGGCUGAGAUAAAGAACAAGUUGUCGACAGCAGCCAAAGAGGGGAAACCGCUGCCCAAGACGGAACAGAAGUUUGAGAACUUUGUCAAGAGUUCCUUUAAAAUUUCGGACAAACAAGUGGUCAAGGACCUGUGGGGUUUCGUGAAGACGCUGAAGAUGGAGAAGAAGUAGACGACGUCACACUUUGAAUUCAUUUCUCUGUUUUUUGCAUCUGUCGGGCGAUUUAAAGGCACAGUCAGCGAGAUUUCCUACUUCGCCGUCGACGUCGCUAAUACAAUAUGACUCGGACGCGUGGCGACACACCGUUUUCCCUCGCCGCGCGUUUAGCGAAAGAAUGGUGUGGCGCUAUGCGGAAACCGCCCUUCUCGUCCGUCCGCACCACCCGUGUUAGAGUGAAGUGACAGCGCGGCCGGUUCAGACCUGCAGAUUUGCCCGUUUCCAGCAUGAAAUAAACAGCUACAGUAACGUGCGAUACCUGCCGAUUCUGCGCUUGCACCAAGGACCUUUAGUACGUUACCAAUACAUUAAAAGCUCAUGAUUUGUUUUAUUUAGGGAAGUCUUUGUUAAUACUUUUGUCCUUAUUUACACCAAUACAGAACCAAAAUGGCGGCACGUUUCAGCUGGAAAGCGUUAGCCUCACAGUUCUGAGUUUCAGGGUUCAAUCCCAGCCCCGCCUUUGUGGAGUUUGCAUGUUCUCGCCGUGCCUGCGUGGGUUUUCUCCGGGAACUCCGGUUUCCUCCCACAUCCCAAAAAACACGCGACAUUAAUUAGACACUCUAAAUUGCCCAUAGGUGUGAUUGUGACUGCGGCUGUUUGUCUCGAUGUGCCCUGCGAUUGGCUGGCAACCAGUUCAGAGCGUACCCCGCCUCCUGCCCGUUGACAGCUGGGAUAGGCUCCAGCAUGACCCCGUGACCCUCGUGGGGAUAAGCGGUGAAGAAAAUGGAUGGACGGAAGAGCCAAAACAGAGCCAGACGCUCAUAAUACCAUAUCAUAUAUCGACAAAUAAUAGCGGAGUGCAGUCUCAGAAUCAUAUCAAACAAUGUUUAUUGGUAUAUUUCAUGAUAGCUUAUGUGCAGAACAACUGCAGUUGAAACAAAAAUAAAUGCAUACGGUGCAAUUGGUACAAAUAAGUCGCAUGGCUGAGCAACUGUUUACCUGUCUCGGGAGGUGUUGUUGUUUUUGUUAGCAACACAGUCCAAAUGGGUACGGCAGUUAGCGUGUUAAAAUCUGCUAUCAUUAUGCAUGUACCUGCCGCUGUGCGAGGAAAUAAUGUAGUAAUGACUCCUCUGUAUGUAGUUCUUACAAUGAUUUGAGUUCCAGUAAAAAUUUUUUCAUUUUGACACAAACUCAAUCGCAUAUGACUUUUAUCAUUUUUUGAAACAUUUUCCAAGACGGGAAAAAAAAAAAAGCAGAGUUUGAAGUCUACACGAACGGGUGUAAAUCCUACAACAGUAGCUAUAAAAUGCAAAGCACCUGCAGAUGUCACAUUUAUUGCGUUCAGGUGCUCUGAGAUAUUUAAUUGCGUGCACGCUGCGAUUGGCAUCUCGCUUUGCUCGCGCGUUACGCCAAAUGGAGCGAGCGCCCGCAGAAGCUCCGCAUUUCCGCGCCGCCGCGUAUCCUCAUCAAACGCGAUCAUGAUAAUGCAAUAGGAAAUAUUGCAGAAUGUGCCUUUAAAUGUCCCCGCGCUACGUCCCGUUUUUUUUUCUGUGAAUGACAUUUUGUUUGACUUUACAUUUUUAUCCAUGCUUGUACAGUUUGUGUGCUUUUAAGUCCUUUUUGGACCAAAGUUACGGUUCGUUUUCCUGCAUUUAGUAAAUUACUAAACUCCAAAAUGACUUCAUAGACGCUCAUUUUACAGAAACCUUUACAUAUCUUUCCAUAUUUUUUGAGCGUGUGAACCCGUUCUUAUUUUUUUUUUUUUGCGCUAGAUGUCCUUCCAGGGACACACCUGGUUCUCAUGUAUCAGAAUUUUUUCUUCUUUUUCUCUCCUCAGCACAUUUGAUAUAAAUUUAGCUUUUAUUUGCUGCUCAUGUAAAGCUUCAUAUAGCAGCGAUGAUCCAGUAGCUCAAUUUAAACGGUUUAGACAUAUACUGAUUUUUUUAAAAUCUGAGCGACCACUCACUCAUGACGACAAAAUACAUCGCCGUGUGUCCUUACUGCGCUUGUCGCCUGUGGAGUACUCCAAAUGAAAAACAGAGCGAUGCACACAAUAACGGCCAAAAUUAACCUGGAAGAGCGAGUUUGGUGCCACGGAGUGGCAGACAAAAUACAAAAAACGAGGAAAAGAUUGAUGGCUGCGACACAAAAGCUAUCUAAAAAGUUGACUUUAUGAGAAAAAAAAAAUCCAUGCUUGCAGAUAGAAUGUUUCGGGUGUCAGCCGUCAAUGCGGAUUUGCAAUUGUAAUUCUUGGAACGGGUUUAAUAUUUAUCAUUGUCAGCCCUUUUGUGUCAUUCUGAGCAGAUCGGCGAGGACAAAUCACGCCAUUUAACGUCUCCCACCAUCGCAGGAUAAUUGCCCAAGAUAAUCUUCCAGAGACGACGACAUCUGAUAGUCGGGCCUUUGCUACGCUUGACUGCAAUGGGGUAAUUGUGCUCAAAAUUGGCCCGAUUGACUUAUGAGACACGAUAUACAAACAGCCGAUACAACUAUUUCUUCAAUUUCCGUCCCCCACCCGCCGGAGCUUCAAAUCGGUUCCUAAUUUAAUAUUUCCGAUAGUUGGCCCUGACUGUUUUCCGAGCAAUCACCCUUAACACGCACCGUGCCACAAGACAAUCGCUCGUGAUAAUCUUACAAAGGCAAGCAAAAAACAAAAUCAGAUUUUUACGUACAUUUGUCAAUCUUGUAAUGAAGCGAGAGAAAAUGCCCUAACCGGUCCAGAUUUAUCAGUACGCGCGUUCACCCGCUUAAGGAGCGAAAUCAAUGAGCUCCAUAAAACCAACAGAUGUUUAAAAAUUAGUCGCAGCAGUGUAUUUACAAGUUGUCAGCCUUUUAUUUUAACUUGCCCGCUGACGGGAGAAUCCUAUGAUUAAGCGAGACGUUUGUGUUUACUACCGCGCUAUCAUGAGGUAUUCAUCAGAGAAUGACACUGAUGAAAAAAAUAAAUAAAUGAUGUCACCUCGACAGAAAACACGUAAGGCGCAUUCAUUGUUUGCACUCUUGAAUAGCUCGAUGGCUACAGGCAUGCGCUCAAUCUGCCCUUAUUGUGUGUUUAUGGCGCCGUAUAAUGCCUUUUUACGAGAUAAACGUCGGCACUCGGAUGCCAUCUUUAAACGUACGUGUCAAUCCCGCCAUCGUUAUGCACGACUUCUGAUCAAACGCGAAUUGCCGUCCUCUUAAUUACUUCAUUCUUAAUAGUUUUGGUAGCUUCGUUUGACUUUAGGGUCAUUUUUUUGGGGGUGUUAGGAAUGAAUAGAUAACAGUUUUUUUUAAAGUCAAUUUAAUGAACGAUUGUGUUUGUAUGUCAUCUUGAGUUUUCUUGAUUGAUUAUGAUAAUGGUGAGUCCGUCCUCUGAUUUUUUUUACUGUAUGUUUAAAGGCUGUACUUGAUCAAAUGAAAUUGAGAUAUUACGCGCUGCAAAAGACAGUACUGAACCAAUAAGCUGACUUUGUUCAAUGUCAUUUUAGUACCAUAGAACCUUAAGUAUGUGUCAUUUAAAAAAAAUAAUAAUAAUAAACCUGAAUUAAUGGAUGUGAAAGUCGUAAUAGUUAAAUGCAACGGCCAAAGUUGGAACAUCCAAAAAUGUCCUCAGCCCAUUGUUUUGGGGAAACGUUCCAUUAACAUAUCAACGUGUUGCUCUGUUGUAUUGCUAUCCGUAACCACGCUUUGAUUGUUGCCAAAACUGGAUCAAAUCAAUAACAAAUUUUGACUUAAAUAUGUUGGAUGUACCAGCUUUUAAGUGAAAGAGAACAUAUUAAGGAAUAUAAACAGCUUUGUUUUUAUAUUGUCGGGUUUCUGGAAUACCUCCUCAUCCAUUCAGUGUAAAAUUAAAUAAGUACUGUAUUUUCCGCACUAUAAGGCGCACCUUCAAUGAAUGGCCUAUUUCAAGACUUUUUUCCAUAUAUAAGGCGCGCCGGAUUAUAAGGCGCAUAGAAUAGAUGCUACAGUAGAGGCUGGGGUUACGUUAUGCAUCCAUUAGAUGGAGUUGCACUAAAGGCUCAAUAUUGAUCAAUAUAUAAGGCACACCGGAUUACAAGGCGCACCGUCGGCUUUUGAGAAAAUUAAAGGCUUUUAUGUUGCGCCUUAUAGUGCGGAAAAUACGGUAAAUAUUUUUCCCCCUAUAUCUGAAACUGGUAAAAUUAACCAAUGGUUCUGGCUCCACGCAAGCGGCAUUCGUUUGCAGUCUGGACUUGGGCUGAGGAAGGAGGAAUCGAGUUACGCCACAAAAACUCGCCAGAUUUGCUUUUUGUAAAGAUAAAUCCUGGAACGGUCGGGAAAGUUGUUAAAACGGCGAAAAAAGUUGUCUGCCCUCGCUUUGCCGUGCCGGCCUAGCGUUGUCCCUGGUCAGCAGACUUUUUAUUUGUGCUUUUUACAAAAAGAAAAAAAAUGUUUUUGUUCAUGAUUUGGUUAUUGUGAUACUGUAUAUCUUACGUGAUCGUCUUUACAGUAAAUUGAUUACGGGGCAGCCGCUUGGCGCGUCUGGAGUCGCUCUGCGAUUCCCGCCACUCGUUAAAGGUCGAGUAUUACUUAAUAGUCGUUCGGCGUAGUUUUAUUAUACAGCAGCAGCUACGUUCUUUGACAGCUUGGAAUGUUAAAAUGUUACCGGUGACAUUUGCAGCCCAGUUCGGUUGUUUCCUUUUUGGAGGAAAGGAGAAAUUCAAACGCCUUCGAAGUCCGCCAGUUUUGGAGGUUUCACUGCAAAGCUUAUCUGAUUAAAAAAAAAAAAAACUGUCAGAUAAACAUUAUAACUGUUAUAAAUAUUGGUUAUUCUGUGCAUGACUGCUGGUGAUGGAUGUCAAUGGAUUGGAUCAGAUGGAGUUUUUUUUUGUGUGUUAACUAACUAAUAAAAGCAAUUCUUUGGUCAC